AUGGUUGAGGAUGAGGACGAGGUGAUUGCCUCGUUUGCUACAAUAACUUUUAGCUGUAAAGUCCCAGAAGUAAGAAAUUGUAUGGGUACUAUACAAAGUGUAAGUACUUUUUUCGGUUAUCCAAAAAGGCAAAGUAUUUUGCAAUUAUCAAUAGUAGAAAUAUUUCCACAGACUAAUCGUUUUAAACUAAAAAAUUUAUGUGCAACUCGAUGGUUCGAUCGCCAUGAUGCAGUUAUAUUAUUUGAAGAACUUCAACCAGCCAUUUUACAUGCACUAGAUAAAAUAACACUUUGGCCAGAUUCUGACACUUCUAGUUCUGCAAGUCAUCUACUUACUGCGAUAAGACAGUUAAAAUUUCAAACAGCUUUAGCUAUUUUAGUGAAAAUACUUUCCAUAAGUUUUCCUCUCAGCCGAUAUCUUCAAACAGUAAAUCUUGAUCUAAAAACUGCACUAGAAGCUGCAUCUAAUGUUCAAAAUACUAUUCAGGAAAUUAGAGAAAAUUGUGAUGUAGAGUUUCAACAAUUAUUUUUAUCUGUGAUAACAUUGUGUGAAAAAUUUGAUAUUACUGUUAGUUUGCCAUGUCAAUGUAAAUCAGAUAAUCCAGAAUAUUUUUUGAGAGUCUCAGUAUUCAUACCUUUUAUAAAUAAUUUUCUGGACCAAUUGAGCGAUAGAUUUAUAUCACACAGGAUUGUCUUGAAUAAUUUUGAUUGUAUUUUACCCAAGAUAGAAAUGAAAAUAUCUGAAGAGAUUAAAGGUAAAUUCAAACAAUUAAUAGAAACAUAUCAAGAUAUAGUUGAUGAAUGUACCGAUUCAAAUCUAAAUGAUAAUUUAUUAAACGGAGAAUUAGAUUUGUGGUACACUAAAUAUUCAACUUUAACAUCUGCUGAACUCAAGAACAAAAAUACUAUUGAAGUAUACUUCCAAACCUGUCCAGAUGUUUAUCCAAUAAUAUCUAAGCUUCUUAAAAUAUUUAUUACACUUCCAGUAUCUACUGCCACAGGAGAACGAUCGUUUUCAACACUCCGUCGUUUGAAAACUUAUUUGAGAAAUUUUUCUGGACAAAUACGUUUAAAUGGUUUAGCCUUACUUAAUAUUCAUCGUGAUAUUAACGUGGAUAUUAAUGAUGUUUUAGAUGAACUUACAAAAAACCAAAACGAAAAUAGAAUAUAA